AUGAUGGGGCCAAUCGCGCUCGCGCCGCGGUGGCGUUCCGCGCUGGCCGCGUUCGCGCUGCUGGCCGUCGCGGCGGGCGACGACCAGCCCUGCGUGACGGACAGGGACGUCAUCCUCGUCGUGGACCGGUCCGUGUCCAUCACGAAGGAGGGCUGGAACGACGUCGUCCUCGACACGCUCUACUCCUUCAUCGACAGCUUCGCCCCGUCGGUGGAGUCGAACGUGCGCCUCGGCAUCGUCGUCUUCCCGGCCUUCGACGGCAAGGAGACGCGGGACGACCUCAGCGGCGGCGCGGCCGUCGCCGCGAAUUUGACGUACGACGCGGAUUCGCUGAAGCGGCUCGUCAACGCCACGGUCCGCGUCGACGACGAGGCCCAGGUCGGCACGGCGUGCGCCAACGGCAAGCUCAACGACGGGUCCUGCGAGUGCGACCCCCAGGGCGCCGCGAACUCGACGCUGUCCUGGCCCUGCGGGGGCUGGCACUGGACGCCGACGUGGCAGGCGCUGUGGCUGGCCCGGCGGAUGUUCCUCGAUUUGGACGACGUCGACGCGACGGGGCUCGUGGACCACGACGUCUACGUCGUGACGGACGGCGCGCCCGCUCACAUCCGCAACGACGACUACGAGUACUCGCGCGCGGAGAAGCAGCGGCAACGCAUGCGGCCGACGCACCUGACGCUGAGCGCGGCGACGGACCUGAAGGACACGAUGAGCGACCUGGGGGGCGGCGACCUCUUCGGCGUGGGCGUCGGGCCGAAGUGGUCCGACUUCGGGACGUACUGCGCGCCCUUCUGCGACGAGGGCGGCGGGGGCCUGUUCGCGGGCAACUACGACGACGACGGCGCGUACUCGGGCACCGUGACGCUCUAUGAUUUCGACAACUCGGACCUCUACUGCGGCGCGACCUACGAGGAGUACCCCUACGGGUGCGCUGGCGGCGACCUGGCGUCGAAGGCCCUCGGCUGCGACAAGGACUGCGCCGUCGCCUACGACGCCAUGAUCUCGGGGCACACGGCGGCGAUCAAGGAGGCGCGCUUCACGGAGAUCGCCGACAUCGACGCGCUGAGCCUGCAGGCGUUCCGCGACGACUUCCGCCGGGCCCUCUGCACGAACACCGACGACGACUUCCACCUCGGCGACAUCGCCGUCACGCCGUUCCCGACGGCGGACCCCUACGACCCGACGCUCGCGCCGACGCCGAGCCCCGUGGGGCCGCCGGACGCGGCGCUCUUCAACCCGUCCGCGGCGCCGACGGCGGCGCCCCAGUUCAGCCCGCGGCCGACGUCCCCACCGGCGGCGCCCCAGUUCAGCCCGCGGCCGACGUCCCCACCGCGCGAGACGGCGGCGCCGACCGAGGCGGACCUCGUCACGACGAUCGGCCUCUCCUUGUCUUCGGUGCUCCACGCCGCCUGCGACGGCGACGGCAUCACGAUGGCCGACGGCACGGUGCUCGACGCCGCCUGGAUCGAGGAGCACGGCUUCGAGAUGAACGACGCGGCCCACGACACGCGGUGCGGCGCCGACUCGCGGCGGCGCCUCGGCGGCCGGCGCCUCGAGGAGAUCGCGACGUCGGACCUGGACGCGUCGGAGACGUCCGUGGACACGAGCUCCUGCGAGAAUUUCACGAACGCGACGAACGCGACGGUCAUGUACUUCUCGCAGCCCACGGCGCGCGGGGACCUGACGAGCUUCGGCUACGACUACCUCGACGACGGCGCGCUGCGCGACUACGAUAUGUCGGCUUUGCAGGACAUGGUGCUCGCGGAGCUCGUGACCAUGAUCUCCGGCGAGCUCAGUAGCGUCCUCAAGUCGAACCUGGCCCACCUCAACAUUUCCUACGCGGAUCUGGGGGACUUCGGCUCCGCCUCGAGGCGGGCGAACGCGCGGCGCGCGGAGGAGACGGACGACCUCGCGGAGGGCGGCAACGCGCACUUCUCCCAGUUUGGCUGCGUCACCGGCACCAUCGGCCCCGUCUCGCCGUCGGCGGCGCCGUCGGGGCCGACGGCCGCGCCGACGCGAGAGUUCGCGCCGUCUCGUAGCCCCCGGCCCGCGCCGUCGGCGUCGCCAACAUGGACGCCAUCGACCUCGACGACACGCCCCGCGGCGCCGUCGGCCAUGCCCACGGUCUACGCCGGCGACCCGACGCGCGCGCCUCUUCCCCGGCCGACGGCCGCGCCGCCGUCCGCGGGCCCGCGCGACCCGACGCGCGCGCCCGCGCCGCGGCCCGGCGCGGCGCCGACGACGGCCGCGCCGUCCGCGGCGCCGACGACGGCGCCCGUCGAGUUCGCCGUCGUCAUCGACUUCCUCUUACCCGACGGCAGCGUCGUCUCCUGCGGCGAGGCGGGCCUCGAGCUCUACGACGGCACGGAAAUCAACGGCCGGUUCUUCGCGGCGUCCCUGGGCGUGUCCACCGAGGCCGUCGAGACCGUGGCGAACUGCGGGGACGGCCGGCGACUCCUCGCGGCGAACGCGACCGCCGCGCCUACCCCGCAUAGCUGCAGCGACGUCAGCGCAGACAUCACCAUGUUCGACCACGAGAUCGACGCGCUCUCGGCGAGUUUGGGGCGGCGGCUCGCGACGAAGUACGCCUACAUCGACGACGCGGAGGCCGCGAUCGCGGCCGCGAUCGCCCGCUACUACGGGCUGAACCAGACCGCCGAGGCCACGGACGCCUGCGGCGGCGUCUCCGUCGACGUCGCCGUCGUCUACUACCCGACGCCGAGCCCGACACGGGAGCCCGACGACGACGACGAGAUGAUAGCGACCGCGAGCCUGGGGUCCUUGGGGUCGACGUCCUGGCUCGCCGUCGUCGCGUUGACUUUCGUGUUCUGGUCCGUCAUCCCCCUCGGCGCCCUGCGGCCCGCCACCCCCCUCGACCUGCUCGCGAACGAGUUCGGCGGCAUCGAGGUCGAGGAGGACCACGGCGCCGCGGGAGGCCCGUCGUCCCCCGACUCGGGCCUCCCGCCCGCGCGCCCCGAGCGCCCGGCGAAGGGCGGCCGCUGCGUCCCGUCGGGCGUGCGCUUCGCGCCGCUGACGCCCCGCUGCGUCGCCGUCCUCGCGCUCGGGAUCCUCGACGGGAACUUCGACGCGGGCUUCUGCGUCGAGACGCGCCGCGGCGCGCUGUCCUUCUCCGUCGCCGCCGCCGCGGUCCACGUACUCCGCAUGGCCGCGGCGCCCUACGUGCUCUGCCGCGGCUACGGCGACCCGCGGCUCAAGGGGCCCAGGAUGCCCGGCGAGAGCCGCUGGCGCCUCGCGGUCCUCGGUUUCGUGUGCUGGACGCACAAAUUGGACGUGGCCCGCCUGCUCCGGUCCGCCGCGCGCCGCGCGCACCCCGACCUGGACUACACGGCGUCCGUGCCGUCCCUCGACGCGACGACCGUGCUCUGCCAGGCCAUCAUCAAAGUGUGCUACGUCGCGAAGACGGGGCGGCUUCCCGGGAUCGUCGUCUGCGGCUUGAUGUGCGACGUCGUCGUCUUCGCCGAGUACCUGAGCCGCCUCUACGUCGCGGCCGAUCCCGUCGACGAGCCCAAGAAGACCUGGGCCGACCUCUACCGGGACGAGGCCGAGGACGGCGACGUCGAGGAGGACGACGUCACGAGCCCUCUGCACAAGGCCGCGUCGCGGAAGCGCUGGUUCGACGCGCCCAAGGAGAGCCAGGACGUCGACCUCGAGCUCAGGCGUCUCGGCGGCGCGGCGCGGAGCGCGCCGCCGCACGGCGCCCAGCAGCCGGCCCACCGCGCCCGCGCCACGAGCCCGUCGCACAGGGCCGCGCCGCGGAAGCGCUGGUUCGAGGCGCCCAAGGAGAGCCAGCGCCUCGCGAAGGAGGCGGGGCGCCACGCGGUGCCGGACGCGCCGGAAUUCGAAGCGCCCGAGGCCGACGCGGCCCUCGACCUGUUCCGAUCCGCCACGGGCCUCGAGCCCGCAGGCUUCUUCUGCUGCCAGAACCAGCACGAGUGGGCGACCGACGAUGGCCGACGACCGCUCGAGUGGGCGGACCUGAACCCGACCGACGAUGACCAACGACCGCUCGACUCGAUGAUUGCCGAGUUCCUCGGAACCUCCCGCGCGUUGUAA